AGUUUAAAACAUGUUUUUAGAAAUAAUAUUGGGUCUGCUGGUGUUGAUCUCUGUGUGGGAUUACCUUAACAAGAAACAUCGUAAUGAUAUAUUAGAAAAAUCACAUAUACCAGGACCUAAGACAUUGCCUAUUAUAGGCAAUACUUUAGAUGUAAGACAUGUUAAUAGUGAUAAUGUCAUUGAAUCUGUACGUGAUUUUAAAAGAAAAUAUGGUAAAAUUUAUCGUUUUUGGGUUCUUCAUCAAUUAAGUCUUGUCAUAUUGGAUCCAAAAUAUUUGGAAGUGGUUCUCAGCAGUCAGCAAAUGAUUAAGAAAAGUAGUUUAUAUGAUUUUCUAGUGGGUUGGUUGGGACGUGGUUUACUCUUGAGUUGGGGCAAGAAAUGGCAUGCAAGACGUAAGAUUAUAACGCCCACCUUCCACUUUAAGAUACUCGAACAGUUUGUUGAGAUUUUCGAUCAACAAAGCAGUAUUAUGGUCAGGAAAUUAUAUGAGAAAGCUGAUGGUAAAACUGAUAUUGAUAUAUUUCCGGUGGUAUGCUUAAGUGCUUUGGACAUUAUAGCAGAAACCGCCAUGGGUGUAAAAGUUAAUGCACAAGAACAACCUGGUUUGGAAUAUGUUCAAGCUAUAGCCAAUCUAUCCCGUAUAAUGGCCGAUGGUUUUGUUAAGCCUUCACAAAUAACCGAUUUUCUAUUCCGUUUAACGGCACCCAAGCAAUAUGAGGAAGCGAAACGUUGUAUUAAAGUCUUACACAAAUUCACAACAGAUGUAAUCGAACAAAGACGUUUGGCUCUGGAGCAGUCAAUUAAAGAUGACACUUUUAAAAAUGAAUCUGAGGAUUCCGAUUUGAAUACCAAAAAACGUAUGGCCUUAUUAGAUGUUUUAUUACAAUCUACCAUCAAUGGUGCACCUCUAAGCAACGAAGAUAUACGUGAAGAAGUCGAUACCUUUAUGUUUGAGGGUCACGAUACCACUACUAGUGGUAUAUCAUUUACUUUAUAUCUAAUUGCACGUCAUCCUGAAGUCCAGGCUAAGCUGGUGGAGGAAAUCAAACAAGUUUUGGGCACUGACAAAAAUAAACCGGUAACAUACCGAGAUCUGCAAGAUUUAAAAUAUAUGGAAUUGGUUAUUAAGGAAAGUCAAAGAUUAUAUCCAUCAGUACCAGCUAUUGGAAGAGAAAUAACCGAGGAUAUAAAAGUGGGCGAUAUUACAAUACCAGCUAACACUAAUGUAAAUAUACCUUUGUUUAUGGUUUUGCGGGAUCCCGAUUACUUUACAAAUCCCAAUGAUUUCAUACCCGAACGUUUUGAAAGUGAUAGCAAUCAGAAAAUACAUCCAUUCGCUUAUACACCCUUCUCGGCUGGACCACGCAAUUGUAUAGGUCAAAAAUUUGCUAUAUUUGAAAUUAAAAGUACCGUUUCGAAAAUGUUGCGUCAUUUUGAAUUGCUGCCGUUGGGUCCAGAUGUUCGGCCGGUGAUUAAUCUGAUAUUACGUUCAAAAACUGGUAUGCAUAUUGGUCUGAAACCAAGAGAUUUGGAAAAGUAGCUAUAAUUUUUCAUAAUUUAUUUAUUAUUAAGUACAUUUUUAAUAAAUAUAGCUCAUUAUAUAGGUUUUAUUUAUAGCAAAUAAAAGUUACAUAUUAUCUA